CAGCUGUUUUGUGUAUGUCCACAGAAGGCUCUCAUACACCGUCACCUGUGGGUGCUGACAGAAGCCUAUCACCGCUGCUGGGAGCUGGCUGUGUGCUGCAGACCAUAGGGCUGCCCUCGGUACAGAGCUGUGACCGAGCACACACCAUGCACAGAACCCAAUUGUUCCUGCCUUGACCUCCUGCCAGCGAGGCUGUCCCUCAGCCCUGCUAUGAAGAAGUUCCCCAGGCCAGAGUGCAACGGGUGCCGCUUGCUGUAACCGAGGUGGUGGAUGUGGACUUUAAAACAGUGUCUCAACAUUUCAUCCUCAACUGUCCCUUUUUAAUCUGAUUGCACUACAAAAGAAAAGCUGCUAAUGGGAUAAAUGUUGAGACGUUACAAGAACUGACUUGAAGUACCAAAAGCCAUUAUUAUUAAUCAAGAAGAGCUUGAAGCUAAGUCUGUAUCUGACCAGUCAGUAUCACUUUCACCUAACAGGCAUGGCAAGUAAACGAAAAUCAACAACACCGUGCAUGGUCUUAGCCAACGAGCAAGAUCCGGAUCUAGAAAUGGUAUCAGACUUGGAGGAAGGACCACCUGUAGUCACGCCAGCAGAUAAUAAUCCUACAGCAGAGAGCAUAGCAAGCGAAGAGGACGUCCAUGAGAAUGUGGAUUCAGACAAUCAGAAAAAUACAAAUAAAGUAGAAGGUGGUUAUGAGUGCAAAUAUUGUACUUUUCAGACUCCAGAUCUCAAUAUGUUUACUUUCCAUGUGGAUUCAGAACAUCCCAAUGUAGUAUUAAAUUCAUCCUACGUUUGUGUAGAAUGCAAUUUUCUUACCAAAAGAUAUGAUGCUCUCUCAGAACAUAAUUUGAAGUACCACCCUGGAGAGGAGAAUUUUAAGUUGACCAUGGUGAAACGUAAUAAUCAGACAAUCUUUGAACAAACAGUAAAUGAUCUCACUUUUGAUGGGAGUUUCGUUAGAGAAGAAAACGCUGAACAGGCUGACCCUUCUGAGGCCCCCUCCGCGGGGAUCUCCAUUAGCAAAACUCCCAUUAUGAAAAUGAUGAAAAACAAAACAGAGACUAAACGUAUCGCUGUUUUCCACAAUGUGGUCGAUGACAUUCCUGGUGAAGAGAAGGGAAAGGAAAAUGAGCCAAACUCUGAAGAAGUAGUAGAAAACCCACCACCGGCAGUUUCUGAGUCCAAAGCGAGCCAUUCGGUUGUUUGCAGUGCAGCCGAUGUAGCCAGUACGGUUGUGACCCCAGUGAUUCAGCCUGGGGUGGCACAGGUUAUAACAGCUGUUACAGCUCCACAGAACUCAAACCUGAUCCCCAAAGUCCUGAUACCUGUAAACAGCAUUCCAACCUAUAAUUCUGCUUUGGACAACAAUCCUCUUUUGCUCAACACCUAUAACAAAUUCCCGUAUCCAACCAUGUCGGAGAUCACCGUUCUUUCCACUCAAGCUAAGUACACAGAGGAACAGAUUAAAAUCUGGUUUUCUGCCCAACGUCUGAAACAUGGUGUGAGCUGGACACCAGAGGAAGUGGAGGAAGCAAGGAGGAAACAAUUUAAUGGCACAGUGCAUACUGUGCCACAGACAAUUACUGUUAUUCCAGCGCACAUUUCCACUGCCAGCAAUGGUUUACCUUCAAUUUUACAGACAUGCCAAAUAGUUGGUCAGCCAGGACUUGUUCUCACUCAAGUCGCAGGUGCAAAUACGUUACCAGUAACAGCCCCUAUAGCUUUGACUGUAGCAGGAGUCCCAAACCAAACCCAGUUACAGAAGAGUCAGAUUCACACUGCUCAGCCUAUUGCAGAAACCAAACAAGUCGCUGCCGUUCCAGCCCCUCAGCCUAUCAAAAAUGAAACUGCACUAAUGAAUCCCGAUACCUUUGGCAUGCGAGCAAAAAAAACAAAGGAGCAACUGGCAGAAUUAAAGGUCAGCUACCUUAAAAAUCAGUUUCCUCAGGAUUCAGAAAUUAGUAGGCUUAUGAAAAUAACAGGCCUGACGAAGGGAGAGAUCAAAAAGUGGUUUAGCGAUACACGCUACAAUCAGAGAAACUCAAAGAAUAACCAUGGGAUUCAUCUCAACAGUGACUCAUGUGCCACCAUCAUUAUUGAUUCAAGUGACGAAAUGAAUGAGUCCCCAACAGGAGUUGCUUCACAGAACAAGACGUCCUGGAGUGCAUUUCCUGACUUCACCCCACAGAAGUUCAAAGAGAAGACUGCUGAGCAGUUGCAAGUCCUCCAAGCAAGUUUUCUUAAUAAUCCUGUCCUUACUGAUGAAGAGAUGAAUAGGUUAAGAGCCCAAACCAAACUUACCAGGAGAGAGAUUGAUGCCUGGUUUGUGGAAAGAAGGAAAACUAAUGUCUUAAAGGAGGAGGGAACUGAGAUGAAUGAGAGCAAUGCCAGCAGCUCAAAAGAAGAAGCUGGAGAAACAUCUGCAGGGGAUGGAACAGCAGGGUCAAAAUCAGGGGGCUCUGCUCCAAGCAAAAUAGGCAAAAAAUCACCAGAGCAGUUGCACAUGCUUAAAAGCUCCUUUGUUCGUACUCAGUGGCCAUCUCCACAAGAAUACAACAAGCUGGCAGAAGAAACGGGGCUCCCAAGAUCAGAAAUUGUGAGUUGGUUUGGAGAUACUCGCUAUGCCUGGAAAAAUGGGGGAUUGAAGUGGUAUUAUUAUUACCAGAGUGCCAAUGCAAACAGUCUGAAUGGCCAGGGCUUUUCAAGGAGGAGAGGGAGAGGAAGACCAAAGGGGCGAGGAAGAGGGAGGCCUCGAGGGAGGCCUCGGGGAAGCAAGAGGUUAAAUUGCUGGGACCGAGGUGUGUCUGUCAUAAAAUUUAAAACUGGAACAGCAAUCCUGAAGGACUACUAUAUGAAGCACAAAUUCCUUAAUGAGCAAGACCUUGAUGAACUUGUCGCUAAAUCUCACAUGGGGUAUGAGCAGGUCAGAGAGUGGUUUGCAGAAAGGCAAAGAAGAUUAGAACUUGGAAUAGAGCUGUUUGAGGAGAAUGAGGAGGAAGAUGAAAUGUUGGAAGAUCAGGAAGAUGAAGAGGAAACGGAUGAUAGUGAUACUUGGGAACCCCCACGACAUGUUAAGCGUAAACUUUCAAAAUCAGAUUGAUGUGCAGUUUGGAAUCUGGGAGCCAAAAACCCGUGAAUUAGGUUUGAUGUUACAGUGAAGAGCCAAACAGUUUUUCAUGGCCUUCAGCUUCAGCAAGCACCGGCUUAGCAUCUUCGUUGCACCUGAAGGAACGUGGGCAAGAUGCUGUCUGCGCAGGCAACAGAUAUUUGCUUCCUUGCUACCAGAGAUGGACGUCCUCGGGCCUAGCUGAGCAUGUGGGGUUAUAAAUCAGCGCCAGUUCAGCUCCUCCUCUUCCACGUGACCAGUGGGAAGGUUCAUCAUUCACGUGACUGCUUCUCAAUAUUUAAUUGCCUUAUCUUGUUUAAUUCCAAAAACCAAACAAACCACAGACACAUUUUUUUGUUGUUGUAGGAGAACAUUACCUGCUCACAAAAGAGGAAAAUGCAAAAACCUAAGAUGUCUUUUUGCAAACAUCACUUCACCUGAAAGGUUUCAAGGCCUGGGUUUAUUUCUUAAGGAAAGAAUUCAAAAGAGAAGGGGAAAAGUGUGACAAAGGAAUCAAUGAACAUAGGGGUGAGGAUUGCUUGGUUUAAGAAAAUGAGGUGAUAUUGGCACCUUUUGUGUAUCUUCAGAGUGUUUUGGGUUUACAGAACUUGUGUUGAAAUGUUUCUUGCUGAUAAUUACGAGCUAACUGAAUGAGUUUACUGCUAGAAAAUGCUUUUUGUUAAAUUUAAUCAGCGUAUCUUACAUCAAUUUAAUUUAAAUGCCUGGCAGACUUGAUGCAGUUGAUAGUAACAUUCAUUUUUAGCUUGUGCGUUCUUUACUUUUUUGGAAAAUGGUCAGAAGCUAUGUGUAUUUCUAACAAACAUGAGUAAUUUCUUGAAAUCUUACACUGUAUUUUAAGGUAAACGUGAGGUGGGAACUGCCUAAAAAUCAUUCAGCAUUGCUUAGGGUUUUGUAUGAAUACACAGAUACAGAGAUGAAAAGUGUCUUCAGGUACUAGCAAGAAAGGUUUUCAAGUAUGCGGUGGCAGUGACCUGCUUUUUAAUUUUCAAGCAACAUGAAGUUAUAUGCCUUUUAGGUGCUUAAAAAUGAUAAACAAACCAGUGUUCAACUGUUUGUUAACAAUAGCCCAACUGAAUGUUUUGCAUGCAAGUUUAACCUAAAAUUCAUCCUACUGAAUUGAGCUCACCAAUAUUCUGGCUGUUCUUAGGGCUUCUGGGUGAACACUUAUUUGUAGAGAUGGUUUCAUCUACAUGAACUGAACUCCAGAAGUAGUCUAAUCCGAUAGGGAACAUCUGCAUCUUGAGUAAGUGCUUCUGUAUAAAUAUAGAAUGGCUUUUUAUAUACGUAAACCUCAAGGUAAUGAAAUAGUAGCAUAACCAACUUAAAAAUAAUGGGCCAAAUUCAUGAAAGCUAGGUUAUGCAGAUAUCUGGCAUCAUAGAAAACUGGUACUCCAAGAAGAGUAGUUUGUCAGUCUGUAUUUUUUAGGGGUGAGUUAUAUUUAGACGUCAAAAAUGGAUGAUGAGUUGGUGCUGCUGUCAUCAGCAUUGUCUGCUUUACAUGGGCACUAACAGGAACUAUCCUAGCAAUCUCUCUUUACACCUCUGCCAACAUCUUCUCUGCAGGCAUUUGCAUCUAUUGACCUACAAGAGAGAUUAGCGUGGAGAAAAUGUUCCCUAAUACUUCUACAUCUCCAAGAAUUACUCUUUCUUCCCUAUUGUGAUAACUGACUGUCCAGAGACCAAGGAAAUGCUUUCAGUGAUGAUUUUCCAAAGCAGAGGAGUUCAUGUUAGAUCUGUUUUUCAUGUCAGAUUGUGAGUGAAACCUGGGUGAAAAAAAGAAAGGGGAUAAUGUCUGACCAAAAGAAGAAAAAAAAAGAAAAAAAAGUGUGGUUAACUUACCUGACUCACCUUCCUCCCUGGACACGUGUAGCUACCUUUCUGCUCACUGAUUGAAUGGGCUGCCUGAAUUGCAAGAUGAUGUUCUGCUUGAAAGCCUUUUUCUGACCUUCUGAGAUUGCUAGAAAUACUGAUGUGUGUGACAGUUUUGGUUAUCGAACUGUUUCCUGGCAUCCAAGACUCAAGUCAGUGAAACCAAGGCACAAAGCAGCCAACAGUGAGAUAUCUUUAUCUCUUGAUGCUUAUCACUGUGAGGACAAGCCUAGAAUCCCUCAGCUUGACUUUGGGAUGGGAGAGAUGCAGAACUUUGUUGGCAGUGUUUCUCUGGAGUGCUGUGACUCUGGGUGCAAGGUGGUGUAAGAGAGAUCAGGAUCUGGGCUUUCCAGCAUGAAUUGCUACAGUGAUUAGGAAGUAGAGAAAGAGAUGCUGUUUUCAAAUUUAUGAAAAAAUUAAGGCACAUCUUUAAACUGCUUGGGAAUAUGCUUUUAGCAACCAAAAUCUGGAAUUGCCUUAAAUCUUAAGGACAAGCCAGAAUUAAUUUUCUUUCCCCCCCAAAAAGACCCAAGAAACCUGUCUAAACAUCUCCAUUUUUGUUAGCAGACACUUAAUGUAGGUUAUCGCUACAUCGAACCUUCUUUAGAAGAUGAAAAAAAUAAGGAUCCAAGUUAAUUAUAUGAUUAAACUGGGAAAUUUUCCAUUUUGGCAGCGUUCUGUUAAAUAACACUCAAUUAUAAUGAUAGGCCUUAGUACAUCUGAUCUCAAAAACACAGGAAGAGGAAAUGCAUUGUUUAUCAGACUAAAUAUAGUUGGAUUGGAUGUCUUCUUUCCAUAAAAUGGUCAGAGGGGAUGGCUCAUGUGUACUGGUCUGGAUUUUCAAACACUGUAAACAUUACAGUUCCUUGUAUUCCAGUGGUUUUAACAGUAUUUGCAGCCCAUUGAAACCCCAUUUCAGAAUACAGAUCUGAAUUAAACAGGCUUUGGGCGGGAUAAUGAGAGGUGCAGGGUACCCACAUUUCCUCUAGGCUAGAUGCACAUUGUAAGUCUUUCAGUUGUGCCAAGGGUGAGAAGAAUCUGUGUGAAUUCAGACCUGAAAACAUCAGUUGUAUGCACUUAUUAUUACUUAUAAUCUGUUUUGUUUUAAAAGAAGAAUCCAUUAAUUACCAGUUUAUUUCAUGUUUACAGCAUGUAUGUAUUUGCACUGUGUACUGUGGGAGAGAGGGAGACACCUUCCAGAGGCCUCCUGCAUCAGAAAUGACAAGAAAAGCACUGGAAAGAGCUGUCAGCGUGCGGGUGGCUGACAGGACGGACUGCUUUGUCUGUAACUUGUGGUCGUGGCUGGUUGGAGCUCAAAACUGCUGGUAACUGUGGUUAGUCCAGAUUCAUCUCAUGUCGUGUUAGGCUGCUGUGCUCCUUACCAUGGUGCCCAAGGCAUACUGCAUAGUCUGAGAGAAACAGAAAUUGUCGAGGGGAUACAGCGCAUCUUCAUUCUCUCCCUGAAUUGACAUGAGCAUCAGUUCCUCUGGAGCUAAAGUUGAGCUUUCUCUUCCAUCUGCUGUCUCUGCCAAGAGUACCUGAUGUUACGAUGCUAGUUAAUGCUGUCUCUGGAAUAUAGUUAACUGAGGAUGAAGGUAAUCCUUUGCUAGAAUUGAGAGGGAGAGCACUAAAAGCAAGCAAGCAGUGUCACAACCGGUGAGCCAUCCACUGUCCCUGACCACGGUGCUUCGUAGCAUGUUCUGCUCUUGCUUCUGAGGACAAUGGAAAGCACAGUUCUGUAAUGCUGGCUUCCCAGUGUCACCUUCUUAAUAACCCCAAGAUUGGUGUGAGUUAUAAAAAGAAAGUCAGAGUUACUCUCCCUUGCUUUGAAUGAACCAAGGGAGUGCUUGUGUGGCGUGCAAAGAAGGGAAAAUGCAGAAUCUUGAAGAGACUGCCUGUUGCUUGCUCUGCAGAAUUCACUUACCUAGAACUUGCUGAGCAAAACAAAUGUUACUCUUGCUGUUUUGACAGAACAAGUGUUGCAGUCUCUCGUGUUUAACAUGUAGAAAUCUCUGCUUUGAUUUGAAAGCAAAAGAAAGAUAUCUGGCACCUCAUGAUUAAAAUUUACUGGAUUAUCUCUAGUACACCUUAGUAAAUUAGGCCAUUUGAUUUUUCAGAUUUGUCCAAUGAUGAUUUUAAAACUUUUUUUUUUCCACAGCCUUAUAUGCAGUAUUGUUUCUGUCUGUAACUUUGAAGGAAACUCAUGCAGAAUCCACACCACACUGGCAUGAAAUAUUUUUUCUAAUGCAUGACUUGCUGACUUUGGGCAAAAGCCUAUUUUCUUCCUGCUCACCAAGGCAGGCAAAUACACUCCCUUCUCCUCCGCGGAGCAGAGAAAGGAUUUUUGAAGCCCUUGCAAAACGAUUCACAGCGCGAUGCUGUCCCAAAGGCCAGAAAGCCCCAGCAUGCAGACAUUCUCCUCCUCCUUCUCUAUUUUCCUCUGAAAUGAGAGCACAGCAGUAACUCUGACAACUGGUCUCUGGCUGCUGAGUAAUAAGCUGUAGUUUAAGGUCAGGAGUAUUUUCCCUUUUGCACUUAAUGGAGUACUGUGUAUUCGAAUUGGAUCUCAGUGUUUGCUUUUGUAGAUACGAUGGUCCCAAUUUGCAUCCUCCACCACCUUCUCCUCUCUGUCUAUAUUCAUAUCUCCCAAGGAGAGAAGAUAAUUGUUAAGAUUCUGUAAUGUUAAAUAUCCCUCCCCUUAUUUGAAUACACGCAAAUGUAGAGCGCAAUGAAAUAUAGUUAUUUUCUUUGAUUUAAUUUAUUAUUUAUUGGAAGAUAAUUUUGCUUGCAUUUAGUAGUAAUGAAAAUAUAGUAUUGAUGAGAGAAGAGUAAAACUGUUGAGAGGUAUUCACAGUGCCUGGGAUGAUCGUAUAAAUUCCGGAUGGGAAGGGCAAGUGCAGGGCUCAGUUCCCUGCCCUGAGCAGUGCUGCGUUAUGCUUGCGUUCUCCAUCAGGCUUUUGAUUAUCCUAGGGCUGAAUAGAUGUGGUAUGUGGCAUGACACAAACUUGUUGGGUCAAGUGACUUAAGGUUUGUGAUAUAUUAAAAGUAGGUAGGAAAUGAAAGCUGUAGCAGAAGGUGAACAUUUCAAUAACUCUACGUGCUCAGUAGCUUGAAUUUCUGUAUUGUUAUCUCACUUUUGAAAAGGGAGGUUUUGAAGCACAGGCAGGUUGUAGACAGUAUUUUCAAGCUUUUUGGGUUUUUUCCUUCUGCGAUGAAGAGCAUCUGCAUUUUUUUCAGUGGAUACUCAUUUAAAAAAUGACUUAAUGCAGCAUGUAAAAUGUGGAAUGGUAACUGUGGAUCCCACAGCACUUUUCAUGAAUUAAGGUGGGAUUCACCUGAUUGUAUGUCGGUGUCUGCAUUUGAGCAAGACACCGCAGUAGCUGAUCAGUACAGCUAACGAGUGCAUGUCAGCAGCUCAUCCUAACCACCUACAGUCGAUCACACGAGCUGCACCCUAAGCCCUACUGACUGUUACAAGUGGCUCGCAGACACUGGAGUUAGAGCCAUCUCAAGUUAGGUGAGAUGCAGCCUCACCUUGGAGCGUGCUGGCUGUGGCAGCACUGGGCACUGCGCCCCGUUAGGCUUUCCUUGUGGUUAGCCGUGCUACUGUCCUCUGCUCCCCACCUGGUGCAUGUUGGGAGGUGUGAGGCCUUGGUUUGGUUUUGGUUGUUAUUCUAGAGCAGGUGGCACUGCAGUGGUGGAUAAAGUAACUGAUCCUUGGUUAAAAAACUGCGGUAUAAACACGGUUCGGGGGUUUCUAAAGUUUUUUAGAGAGAAUGUUACUAUAUGAACAUUGGAUUGUGCGUAUCAAAAAUGUGUUAAGACAAGUAAGGCUCGUGUCCCCACUGAUCAAAGCAUUUCCUUACACUUAUUCAGUACUAGAUAUCUAUAACAAAACUUACUGUAAAGGAUCUGCCAGAAUGACGGAAGAUUCGAGUUGUCUUCAUUUGUGAUACAAACAACCAACCACCAGAGCUCCACUACGAUUCUGAAAUGUUCCCCAUGCCUCCAGUUCCAGCUUACAGAAGCAUUUCCAAUUCUGCUUAGUUGGUUAUCUGCAUGUAUGCUUACAGUUUGUACAGAAAUGCACUAAAAAUGAGUUGCCCAACCCGGGAAGGCUUUAUAUUGUAUAGAAAAUGUGGCACUAGGUACUGCUCUUCAUGUGCACAGGAGAGUUAACAGGUGUCAAUCUCGUUUACAGAAAUGAUGGAGCUUUGCAAUUUUCUAUAAUACAUUGCAAUAUAUUUAAAUGUCCUGUUUGACAUGUGAAAUGAAAUUAAGUUAAUGCAUCGUUAUGUAUUUGAAUAUGAGGAAGACGAUUCACUAACGACCAGCAAGGUUUUUAGAAGGUGUCCAGUAUGUAGCAGUCUGUGUGAUCUGUCUGGUGUAUGUGAUGUUGUUAAAGGAAGCAACACUACUAUUAUCAUUUAGAAUUAAGAGUUUCUUAAGAGUGAUGCAAUAGCUUACAGUGUCUUUCCUUUGUAGCUGCCCAAUGUGGUGAAGGGGAAGCAAUUGUUGAAAAAGUUCAAGAUAACUGGUUAACUGUGAAUGGGCCUAAUCUUUCGUGAAACCAAGAAAAUAUUUGGACACACACAGGACUUGAAUACUCAAAAGGAUUGGAACUUAGUGUUGUGCCAAAGUUAAACUACUGCAGUUGGCAGAAGUUCUGCACUGUAAAUAGAAGACUGAUUAAAAGACAGCUUGUAAAAAAGAAAAAAAGAUCAAAUUUUAAUACACUACGUUUUUAUUCUGAUACAUGACGGAAACAUUCUGUUUUAGACCUUUUUUGAAGAGGCUUCAGUGACCACUAGAUUUUGUCCUCUUAUAUUUUGUUUGGCCUAAUACUAUAUGUUCUAGUAAGAUGGGCUUUACUGCCUGUGUUCUUUGAUACGUGAUUAAGCUUAUAGCUUUGAGUGACCAAACAUUUUACAGAGUAAAAGUUCUUAGAAACAGUAUAACGUAACUGAUAUUUCUGUGUCUUAUUUAUCAGGCUCUGCACAAACUUGGGAAGUUGUGCUGGACUUGUACAACUUACACGUGGGAACGCAGCAUACUGCUUGGUAUUACAAACCUAAGCCUUUGAGGCAGUACGGAUCUUGUCUUUGGUUUUAUUUUUGUUAUUUUUUUGAGGCAAUGAGAUGAACGGAUGCUGCUGUAAAAUAUUUGUAAUAUUGCCAUUAUUGCUUUCUGUAGCAAUUACUGCUUUUGUUUCAACAGAUAAAGAAAAUAAAUCAGAGAUAGAAAAAUCCCAAAAGAAGCCGGUAGAAGAAAGGAUCACGUGGGAACUUCUGAAAAUAAAUUUUGUACCAAAAAAUUUGAAAGCAGAAAUAAUGGAAUAAAUGUCUCCUUACUGAC